UUCUUUGCUGCGCCAUCGAGGUGAAUUGCGCUAAGCCCGACCAAAUCAGCCUGCUUGAGGCCCUGACUCCUGUCUUUAACAUGAGUGCCAUCCGGCCUGUCCUGCACCCCAACACUUACACCAAUGUCAGCAUGUUUUUCACUUUGUAUGGAAUUCUAGGAGUGGAUGAGAAAUCUCAGCUCCUGGUCACAUACAUUUGGUUAUCUUAUUGGUGGAUUAACGAGUUUAUCAGUUGGGACGAAGUCCAGUGUGGCACUAGCAGGAUUUCCCUUCCCAAAGAGAAAUUUUGGCUACCGGACAUUGUGAUCAACGAGUUCAUGGAGGAAAACAAAGCACCGUCUGUCCCGUACACGUACCUGUAUAGCAACGGUAAGGUGAUUUCUACCAUGCCCGUCAAAGUUGUGAGCUCCUGUAAUCUUGACAUCUACACGUUCCCCUUCGACAUACAAAACUGCACUCUGACCUUCAACUCCUACAUUUACUACGCUAUCGAAAUAAAGAUUUUGCUCGGGAGAUCAACAGAAAAGAUCACAAAUGUGUCAAAGAACGUGAUGACCACCAUGGGUGAAUGGGAGCUGAUAGAUAUCACUGCCAAGAAACUAGAAACUGAUGAUGAAAGAGGUCUUUACACGGACAAGCUUGCUUUUUAUAUCAGAGUGAAGCGUCGGUCCACCAUGUAUGUGGUCAAUCUCCUCAUCCCCAGCUGCUUCCUCAUCACGGUGGACCUCUUCAGCUUCCUGCUGCCUCCACAGAGUGUGGACCGAUCCUCAUUUAAGAUGACCCUCAUCCUUGGUUACACCGUUUUUCUGCUCUUAAUGAACGACUUGCUGCCUGUGACCGGAAACACCAUACCUCUAAUAAAUGUCUUCUUCUCUCUGUGUCUGGCUCUGAUGGUUGCCAGCCUACUGGAGACCAUCCUCAUCACCAAUCUGCUUUGCUGUUCGGCUAAUUUCUCGCCCGUCCCGCGAUGGAUCCAACUUGUGGUUCUGAAAUUCAUGGGCUUUCUUGUUUGUAUGCCACGAAAAACCAAGAAGCCAAAGGAGUCAGAGUCAAAGACCGGCACUGUGGAGGCAAAAAACAACCCUGACGAGCGGUCCCUGGAGAGCAGGGAGCUGGCUGAGGAGGACAAAGCCCUGCAGGAGCUCAGGAACCUGAGUCAGGUCCUCCACACCAUUCGCAGUGAGGUAGAGGAACAUCAGAAAGGGAACCAGAGCUCAGACGAGUGGAUCCAGGUGGGUUUCAUCAUAGACCGCCUGCUGUUUGGCAUCUACAUCCUCUUCAUAUCAGUCAGCUUCAUAACCAUCAUCAUUAUUUGGCGCUGCCCGAUGAAAGUCAAGUCCUCUAAGCUUCUAGUCAUCCUCAUCUCUCUGCUCAUGCAUGCCCCGUGCAACUCUGCCAUCCUGAACUGCUCAGAGCCCGAUCAGAUUUCACUCCUGCGUUCACUUCAGCCAGUCUUCGACCUGAGCCCGAUUCGACCAGUCGCCAACCUGUCCACCCCCACUGUUAUCCGGAUUUAUUUCACCCUCUUUGGUAUUUUGGGAGUGGAUGAGAAGGCCCAGGUCCUGACCACAUUCAUCUGGCAGGUGCUUGAAUGGAAAAAUGAAUUUUCCAUGUGGGACUCAGAAGCGUGUGGCUCUGAAUGGAUUGCAGUUCCACGAACAGUUCUCUGGGUGCCAGAUAUAGUGAUCAACGAAUUCAUGGAGAAAAAUAGUGCUCCAGCUGUCCCAUACACCUACCUCAAUUAUGAAGGCUUGGUUUUCGAUGAACAGCCUGUCAGAGUCGUCAGCUCCUGCAGCCUUGACAUCUACUUGUUUCCAUUUGAUACUCAGAACUGUACCUUCAGCUUUAACCCCUACUUACAUGGUUCACCUGACAUACAACUGGAACUCGCUGCUUCACCGGAGGAAAUACUUGAGAGGUCUAAAGACGUGAUGUCUACGAUGGGGGAAUGGUCGUUAGUGGCCAUCACGGGAAAGAAAUCGACUAUACCGGCAACGUUUUCACCAAAUUAUGACGAGAUUCGUUUCUUUAUCUCUGUGCGGCGCCAUGCUACCAUGUAUGUCGUGAACCUCCUAAUCCCCAGCUGCUUCCUCAUCACCGUGGACCUCUUCAGCUUCGUUUUGCCUCCACAAAACAUCGACCGCUCCUUGUUCAAGAUGACCCUCGUCCUGGGCUACACGGUCUUCCUCCUCAGCACAAAUGAUAUGCUCCCAAUUACCGGAAACACCAUUCCUCUCAUAAAUGUUUUCCUGUCUCUCUGCUUGGCUCUGAUGGUUGCCAGCCUUGUGGAGACCAUAUUGGUUACCAACCUCCUCAAAGGGUCUGCUCACUACAAUUCCCCUCCUCGUUGGAUCCAGCUUGUUUUUCUUCAUAUCGUGGGUCGGCUUGUAUUCCUUCCUCCAAAGUCCAAACAACCGGAAGACGUAGUGAUCCAAAACCUGAAUGCACAAGGCCACAGCGGUCCAACCCAUGAGUCCAUGCAGGCGGUGUUCGACCUUAAUUCCUUCAGGCCAGCUGUAAACCUCAGCAACCCAACCAUUGCCAACAUCUCCUUCACCCUAUAUGCGGUCCUGGGAGUGAAUGAAAAAACGCAAAUACUCACGACAUUCUUGUGGCUGAGACUGUACUGGCAGCACGAGUUCUUGGUCUGGGACCCUGAUGAAUGCGAUGGUGUCACCAAGAUUUCCCUCCCUGUCAAGGAGCUGUGGACGCCAGACAUCAUUGUUUAUGAGUUCGUGGACGACGAUGUUUCCCAGGCGUGUCCCUACGUCUAUGUGAACCACACAGGUCAUAUCCGCUGGGACCGGAUGCUGCGGCUCGUCUCAGCCUGCAAUCUGAAGAUUUUCAGCUUUCCUUUCGAUGUGCAGAACUGCACCUUUACGUUCGGCUCUUACAUGCACACCAUACUUGAUGUCAGAGUUAGUCCUGCUCUGACCUUUGAGGAGAUGUCUUCAAACUCAAAACGUUACCUUGAAGCCAGCGGAGAGUGGGAGCUGGUGGACAUACUGGGAGAAACCUCAAUUCUGCAGUUUGGGAUUGACGAGUGGGACAUCAUCACAUUCUGGGUGGUCAUAAAGCGACGUCCAGUGCUCUAUGUGGUCAACCUUCUGAUCCCGAGCUCCUUCCUGAUGCUCAUCGACAUCCUGUCCUUCUACCUGCCCCCUCAUAGUGUCGAUCGGGCCUCCUUCAAAAUGACUCUCAUCCUGGGCUACACUGUCUUCCUGCUCAUCAUGAACGAUCUGCUGCCUAGCACAGCAAAUGGAACACCGAUCAUUGGUAUCUAUUUCUCAGUGUGUCUGGCCCUGAUGGUCAUCAGUCUACUGGAGACCGUCAUCAUUACCAACGUCCUCCACCACAGCUCCAUGAAGUACCAGGAGGUGCCCCACUGGGUUAGAGUGGUCAUCCUCAAACAUAUAGCAAACCUGAUCUGCUACCGUUGGCCCGAAGACGUCCGUCCGCCUUCCAAAGUACGGGAGGAUAAAGCUGAGAGCUCCAACGGCAGCUCGAGCCCAGCGAUCAUCCAACCAGUCAGCCAAACACCGGAAAGGCAGCCGACCAGCAGCGGAGAGCUACAACUGAUCUGCCAGUACCUGAGAGACCUCCGAGCUCACCUUAUAUCCCUGCAGAAGGAGAAUGAGCUGCAGGACCAGUGGUGUCACGUGGGAUACGUCCUUGACUACCUGCUUUUCCGCAUCUACCUGAUGCUCAUCACCUUCUAUGCCCUGGUCAUCAUCACCAUGUGGUGCAUCUGGAUCAACCAGUCC